UGUGGUGGGUUGUGGGGCGGCUGUGUCUGGAGGGUGGCUGUCUUGCAGGGCAGUGUGUGCCAUGGGGGACUGGAGCCUGCUGGGGCGGCUGCUGGAGAACGCCCAGGAGCACUCCACAGUGGUGGGGAAGGUCUGGCUCACCGUCCUCUUCGUCUUCCGCAUCCUGGUGCUGGGGGCAGCCGCUGAGCGGGUCUGGGGUGACGAGCUGUCUGGCUUCUCCUGCGACACGCAGCAGCCCGGCUGCCAGAACGCCUGCUAUGACAGCACCUUCCCCAUCUCCCACCUCCGCUUCUGGGUCCUGCAGAUCAUCUUUGUCUCCACCCCCAGCCUUGUGUAUCUGGGCCACAUCCUGCACCUGGUGCAUCUGGAGGAGAAGGCACAGCAGCGAGCAGCAGUGCGGGCCGGCAGCGGGGCCAGGCGGCCGCGCCUCAGGCAGCCCCAGCUCCCUGCGGGGGACGCGCGGGGACAGGUCUGCAUGCGGGGGGCCAUCCUGAGGACGUACAUCUGCAACGUUGUCUUCAAGGCUCUCUUGGAAGUGGCCUUCAUUGUGGGCCAGUACGCCCUGUAUGGGUUCCAGCUGAAGCCCCUCUACACCUGCAGCCGCUGGCCCUGCCCCAACACUGUCAACUGCUACAUCUCCCGGCCCACGGAGAAGACCAUCUUCAUCCUCUUCAUGCUGGGGGUGGCCUGCGUGUCCCUGCUGCUCAACCUGGUGGAGAUCUACUACCUGGGUCUCACCAAGUGCCGGCAGGGGCCAGGCCCCAAGUCCCGCAUCAUAACCACUCCUAGUGGCACUUUGGGGCCCCGCAGCGCCCAUGUCACCCUGCCCAGGGUGGGCAGCCCUCUGGUUGCUGGCAGAUCCCCCCACGGCCUGGCACCCCUGAAGAAGGCGGGAGCGUGGCUAGGGGUGGCUGGUGGGUCCCACGGGGAGAUGCGAGCGGCAGACCUGGCAGUGUGAACGGGGCCCGCUGGGAUGGUCAGGGAUGGGGGAUGCACCGGUGGCCACAGCGGGGGUUCAGCCUCCAGGCCCUGCCAGGCCCGUGGCAUGGAUCCCAUGGCCAGCACAGGAGUUGGGCAUGGCUCUGGGCAUACGGCUCAGCUGCUCCCAGCACUCCUGGGAGCAGCAGGGCUGAGAGCAAAGCUGGGAGGGGGGAGCAAAUAAACACUCACUGCACCUCCCUUGA